AUGGGCCAACUAAUUAGAGCAAGCCGACCGAAUAUACUCUGCGAAGAACGCCUUCUAUCAAGACCCAUCGUCGACAUUAAACGUAUCAAGUGUAUCGGUGGAAGAGGAGGCGACGGAGCCAUUAUAUUCAGCAAACAUGGUCCGCACAGGCUAGUAGGCCCAGGGCUUCCCGUAGGUGGCGCUGGUGGAAAUGGCGGAAACGUCUACGUAGCUCCCAUGAAUAAACAUGAUAAUAGGGCUGACCUCAGGCAUAUACCCGGUGUGGUUAGGGCUUGUAACGGAUCGAUAGGGGGUCGUUUUGCGUCGGGUAAACCUGGAAAUGAUGUGGUACUUAAAGUGCCGCUUGGAACAUUGGUCUAUCAGUUCCAGUGCCCCUUGCAAGAUGACCCAGGGAAAUCGUGGCGACAGCUUUGUGGAGGGUGGAAUCGCACGCUAAUUGCUGAUAUAAACGAAUCGUCCCAAGAGAACGUGCUAUUGGCAAGAGGGGGUCAGGGUGGUAGCGGUAACACCAUGAGAACACCGUACGAUGCUAAAUUCGGGGCAGAACCUCAGGAGGGAUACUAUGAAAUAGAACUCAAAUCUAUAGCUGACAUUGGGCUGGUUGGACUUCCCAAUGUAGGCAAGUCCACCCUACUGUCUGCGAUGACAAGAGCCAACACAAAAAUCGCAGCAUACCCCUUCACCACCAUGGCACCGUGCAUCGGACACAUUAAGUUCACAGACGGAAGAAGCAUCAGUAUUGCUGAUCUACCCGGUAUAGUAGAAUGCAGGCUAACGCAGGAAUUCUUUAGACAUAUAGAACGCACAAAGGCAUUGUUAUACGUCAUCGAUGUAUGCAACACCACACAUUGUUCCAUGGAAGAAAGCUUCGCAUCUUUAAGGGAACAAGUGGAAACCCAUGGAGAGGGCCUUGCCAACAAACCAUUUGUCAUUGUAGCAACUAAAAUGGACGUAAAUCCAGGUAACGCGGCCAAAUCGGUUGAUGAGUUUUGCCGUUACCUUAAGGCCAUGAAGGUUAACAGCGCGGUAAUCCCAACGAGCGCUAAAUUUGGCCUAGGUAUCCCCAACGUAGUACGUGUCACACGCUCUCUUGUGGAGAAGUUCGCCGAAGCACUUGCGAACAAGGUUAUUAAUGCCGAAGAUCAUGGGAAUGUCGGCGUAAAAUAA